UGUGGACUUUAACUCCCAGAAUUCCCCGGCCAGCCAAGCUACCUGGCGAAGUUGAAGUCCACAAGUCUUAAAGCGGCCAAGUUUGGAGGAUCCUGGCCUAGGCCUUGGCGAUAAAGCCACUUUUCGUCUGAGGGCAUGCGCAUUCUGGCCAGCAAGAUGGCGUCGUUUGCUGGAUCUAGAAUGGCCUUUAGGGUCGCCUACGGGCUGCGCUCCCGCUCCUCCCUCGAUGUCCUUUGCCGUUGCGGGGGAGCUCGAUUCCUCUGUACGCCUGCGCCCGCCGGGGGUGUCGAAGAAAACCACAGAGACCCUCCCUGGGUUGGGACCUGGUACGAGACGCUCUCUUCGUCGGCGCCUGUCGCGACGGUAGAAUCGGGGUUAAUAGCGCUGCAGGUUGCAUCCGGGCUGCCCUGGUGGUCCACGGUGUUGGCAGCUACGGCCAUCCUGCGCACUGGCCUAACCCUUCCUCUCAGCGUCUUCCAGAAGCGCGUCGUCGCCCGCUUAGAAAAAUUGCAGCCUGAAAUUGAAUCCUUAGCCAAACAGCUCCGUUAUGAAGUUUCAGUUUCUGCAAAGCAACACAAUUGGUCUGAAAAGGAGGCUAGGGCAUGCUACAGGAGAAAUAUAAAAAGAAUAGUUUCAGAGUUAUAUAUUCGAGAUAAUUGUCAUCCUUUCAAGACCACCCUGCUCAUUUGGGUACAGCUUCCAGUAUGGGUCUUUGUUUCCGUAGCUUUACGUGAUUUAAGUAUUGGCAGAGGAGAUUCUGAAGGGCUUUUAAUUCAGGAGCAGUUUUCCACAGGAGGCAUACUCUGGUUUAAAGAUCUCACUUUACCUGACUCAACUUGGAUUUUGCCAAUCACUCUUGGACUUCUCAAUCUACUGAUAGUAGAGAUUUUUAGUUUAAGAAAAACUGAAACAUCCUGGGUUUGGAAGUAUGCUACCAACUUUUUUCGAGCAGUCUCUGUGCUAAUGAUCCCCAUUGCUUCAAAUGUUCCAUCAGCUGGAUGAAGAGGGGGUUGGUGGUGUCCACCUCCGUUCCCUGAGGAGCCUUGGGUGAAGGGAUGCCAGCGAUCUUGGCCUUAAAAAGAAGAGACCGAAAGACAGCAGGUUUAAAGAGACCGACAAAGGUAAGUGAGUUGGGGGGGAGGCCCAAAAACCAAUGGUUGGAUGGACAUGCCUGGUAACUUAUGCGAUGAAGGAGGCCGAGAAAUCACCUUUCCUGCAUCUGGAAGCAGAAGAAGACCUGCGUGGAGUAGAAUGGUUAGAAGACCUGUGCUUAAGUCUUGCUGCUAUGCCACGUUCAAUGGCCUCAGAUAUGAUAUCAGCCAUGCCAGGUGAGUAACAACAGCGGCGGGAAGGGGAAGAGAUAUCCUCCUGGUACAAGGGCUCUUCAUCAGGAGUGAUGCUCCUGCCACCCUUGGAUUCAUCCCUACUACAGGCCAGAUUGCCUGUGCCUUUCCUUCCUCAGGUUGGAUAAUGGAUGCUGCAGGGAAGAGAUCAUCCUUCAAAUCAGAAGAUAGGUCAGGAAGAGGACUGGAUUGAACAGUCCUCUGAGACUGAACCAGAUGGGAUUCCGUGUGUUUGGUCUUGCCCCUGGCCUUUUGGGGAGGAGCCUGAGUGGCAUUGCCAUCGUCCUGCGAAGGUGGAUUGGCUGUGGUCCUGUGACUAGACCUGGGAGCCUUGGAAGAGGGUUCAGUGGGGGGAGCCUCCAGGGCAGGUUGCGCCUCUGGGUCCCAGAUGAUGGAGACUCGGUGGUGGGAGCAGUGUCCAGGGUAGUUGGAGGGACUUGUGGAUCAUGGGCAGGAGAGGAAGCAAUGGCUUGUACUCAUGACUUUGUUGUCCCGAAGGGGAGAAUCAAAAUGGCCACCGGAGCUUCUUCACACCAAAACAAAAUGGCUGCUGAGGCUACAGAGCCUAUGGGCCAGGCGCCAUGAGGUAGCUGAGGCCACGGAAGGAAUGAGGGCAGUGUGGGCUCUAAGAGGAGGCUGCAGAGGCGGUGGCAGUCUAGCAGGAGCGCUUAGCGGCGGCGGUGUGCAGCAGCAGCGGCGCUUUCCCGGCGGCGUUUGGCGGUGAUGGAGAGCCAGCAGAAAGCGGGAGCGCUAAGCAGAGCCUCCAACAGCCAGUGCUAGGCAGCGCUGAGUCCAGGGAAGACUUUGCAAUCGCAGGCAAAGUCAAGAGGCUAAAAGCCUCCGAAGAAAACCCUGGCAGUACCUCUCAGGAAGCCCUGGGGCUAAUUGAGAGCCCUGGUUCCGAGAGUUGCUAUUAUCAACGAUCCUGUCCACUAAAAAUUUAGAAGUAAAAUUUUUAGAGGAGAAGCCUAUUAAAACAGAUUAAAGUAGCCAAUUCAGCAAUUUUGAAUAGUUAAGUUGAGGGGAGAGCAAUUAGCACAGCCAGUUUCAAUCAAACUGAGUCUAAAAAAACGGGAGGACAUUCCUCAGAGGCGAUGACAUCACUUUUGUAGACUCAGUUCUAUUGGUUACUGGCUGAGUUAACCCAUGCAUCACCGCUGUCUCUACCAACUUUGGAGAAUAGACUGGAAUAUUUUGCUACUAGGAAUAAAUAAUGGAGUACUGAAUUUACACACCAAAAUUGGGACUAAUAAAUACAUUGCUCAUAUUGGCUUAGCAAUCUUUGUGGCAAGACUUCUUCCAAGCUGUUUUGGAAACAUUUAAAAAUGUGGCUUCCCUACAGUGCUGAUAUAAAUAAAUUCAAGUCUCUAUUGACCGGUGUCAGUGACACUGGCUAGAACAGUCCGGACACAGUCUGUUUUUCACACAUUAAUUCUCAUGGCAACAUGUGAACAAUUAAGGAGAUGUCAAAUAUAGUAAGUCAGUUCUAAGCAGAAAUUAAAAUUUAAUUUGGAUUACAAAAAUCAACUGCUGAAAUAUUAGUUGCGCUGUAAAGAAUAUAACAAAACAUUAUCUAAUUAAAAAUAAUGAUUAAAAUCAUUUUAAAGGCAUAAAAUACAGAACCAAAAAGAUUUCUUACUGUAUACAGCCCUUUCAAAUAAAAUAUAUCUUGGGUUUUUUUUAUUGAACCAUAUAUUUUAUUUACUUUCUUCCCCUCUGGAGUCAAAAUAUUCCAAUACUGCACAAAGUAUCUUUUUUGUACAUUAUUUAUAUAAAAAAAUAAAAAGU